UCCACUAAACAACCUGCUAUCAAAAUGCAUCACGAUAACAAAAGGUCAUAUGUGCUAUAACAAGCUGUAGUUUUCUACUUUUCAGAAACGUUGAGGUUUUAGGCAUUUUAUGCCUGAGGGCUAUGGGAGCUUAGCAGAAAAUUAUGAAAGCAGUGAGUAGUUGUGCAUCAGAAAGAAUGUAGCCUGCCGUCCUGUGCACUUACUUGUUUAGUUUUCUUGACGUCUGGGGAAGCGUAAGUUCAAACCGAAACUUUUCCUCUUGACCAAACUCUUAAAAAGGCUGUUUUUGUGGAUUCUUUGGUGUCUGCUAAGGUAUCCGUUUAAUCUCUAGGCAUUUCCAGGGUCCCUAUCAGGUAACUUAUUGUAAUGAAAGCUGGACGUAAUGAGCCACUGUUGAUUAGUUAUCUUCCAUAACCAAAUUUGAUAUCGUUGUGUGUGCUCAAGGGAAUGAAGACAGCCACCGUUAGCUGUUCCUUCUCCAGUAGCCUGGGCUAAGUGCCCUCACUUUGCUCCUGGAGCUGGCGAGGGCAGCCCACUGCUGCCCGCCCUCUUCAUCUUCACAGAGGUUUUGGGUCCGUGGAUCCGCUCCUUGCCCUGCACCCGACGGGAGGGAGGGCCCUGAGCCCCCUCAGGAUGGAGAAGCGGAGGAGCAAAAAGCCCCUCGGUGCCUUGUGCCGAGGAGAAUGGUCAGGGGACAUCCGUUUGUAAAAAGGGUGAAAAGUUGGAAGGAAUGUGGUAUCCACUUCAUGGCGUGGAAAGAAAGCAUUUUUAGUUUCGGCCUAAGUUUAAUGAAUGAUAUUAAAAUGUCAAAUUUCAGAUUUUGUGUUGUUUGCCUGUUAUCUUGUUGCCUGGCCAUGGUAUUUACGUGGGCUUGCAUAGUCUCUGGUAUAGCUGGAAACAGCGGAGCUACUGCUUAUGUUUUAGCCAGCCAGGGCUUUUACUCGGCCCUCUGCGUCUUCUUGAAUUACAAUGCAUUUUAGAAAUACAAGAAGUUAUCAGAGUUUGAAAAGUGUUAGGUGUCUAUGAAAAGUGCUACAAGCAUAUAUGGUCUACUGUGAAUACUGUUUUCCUCCCUUGGAGUUGCUGGGCAGGCAGAAGAGCAAAGCAUAAUACUAAGGCUUUUAAAGCUAUUAACUUGUUUUCAGCAUAGAAAAUACCAAAUUUCUGCUUUGUCUUUGAGUUUUGUUCCCUCGCCUGCUUUCUCACUGAUGAGCAGGUUUGCAUGUAGGCAGAAAAUUUGCUUGAAAACCAGCACUGAGAUGUUAGUAUAAAUCAUCCUGAUUUGGAGGGAGGCGUUUUGUUUUUGCUGAAGCCAUUAGUUUUACUGCUCUGUUUUCAUUACCUUGAGAGGUUUGAGUGCAACUUGAUGAAACCGUGAACAGAAGCGUGUUCUGGGGAUGGAUUUGCCUCACUUUGUUGGCCAUCUGCAAUAAAAAUGUCCGUGUGAGAUCUGAGGUGGUUGUGUGGGCUCAUAAUGUGCUUCUGGCGUGAGAUUAGCAGGUUAGCCUGAGCUGGUUUAGGUGUCUGCUUAUGAAAGGUGAAAUGCAUUUUAGAUGUGCCAGUUCCUUUUUUUUUUUUUUUUGAAAAUUAAUUUAAUCUAGAAGAGUUUAUCUUGAAAAAGGACAUUAGAGUAUGAUCUUUUUUCCAGCCAGAGGGAAGAUACAGAAAGUAUACAGUUUUUUGCCUCUAACAGAAGGUUGGUUUUUCUAGAUCCUUGUUCUUAGUGUUUGCUCUUAAUACUUGAAUAUAGUAAGAAGCGCUAUUAUUAUUGCUAAGGAGAGGGGUGGAAUUUGCUGCAAAACUGUGUGUUAAAAAACGAGGUAUUCACUGUGUUAUAUUGAGUAUUUUUGUUACUUUGCUUCCUUGUCUUACCAAACAUGAUGGUUUUCUUUCAGGAUUACAUUUUUGGGAGUUACUGUUUAACAAUGUUUGCCAGCUUGGAAUUAACUGAAGACCUGUUGCAUGCCACAAAAUAACUGAAGUUGUGGAAUUGGUUUUGGUCAGCUGGAAUACUGCUCAAGGCACGUGUGGAAGGAUUCCGUCAGGAAAACACUUCUGUUUGUUCUAGUGGACAAACAACUUGGCUACUGCAAUGGCCACGGUUUUCAGAGUCACACAGUUUGUCUCACAGGCCCUCGCACUGGGUCACCUGCAUCUUCUUAAUGUCUGACUGGCUACCAUUGUUGGACACAAUGGUUUUGGAUGAUCUACCAAACUUGGAAGAUACGUAUGCCUCCUUGUACUCCUCAGCUAUGGAAGACUUAGAGGUGGAUUUUGAUUCAGGACUGGAGGAAGAUGAACUGAAACAGGAGGCUACUCCUGAAGAUUCCACGAUCUUUGUAGCUUUUAAAGGAGAUAUAGGGGAUAGAGACUUUGAGCAGAAACUAAGUGUCAUACUGGAGAAUGUGCCUGGCCUUUUACACAUGGAAUCCAACCAGUUAAAACUGCAGAAGAUAGAGCCUUGGAACAGUGUACGUGUUACCUUCAAUAUACCACGCGAAGCUGCAGAGCGGCUGCGGAUUCUGGCUCAGAAUAAUAACCAACAGCUUCGUGACCUGGGAAUUCUCUCAGUUCAGAUUGAAGGCGAAGGUGCUAUCAAUUUAGCUUUAGCUCAAAAUAGAAGCCAAGAUGUCCGAAUCAAUGGGCCCCUGGGAGCAAACAACUCAGUACGAAUGGAAACAGGAUUUCCCAUGCAAGGGGGACAAGGUUUAAUAAGAAUGAGCAAUGCCGCAGCUGUCAUGAUGUCCCAGAGUGGAAAUGUGCCCUCCUCUAUGGUGGCAAGUGGUGCUAGUACUGAGCUGCAGCCAAGAACACCUAGACCUUCCUCACAGCCAGAUGCAAUGGACCCACUUUUAUCUGGGCUAAAUAUCCAGCAGCAAAAUCAUCCAUCUGGAUCUUUAGCUCCGCAACUCCAUCCAAUGCAGUCAGUUCCUGUAAACAGGCAAAUGAACUCAGCCAACUUUCAGCAAUUGCAGCAACAAACACAGUUGCAGACACGUCCUCCGCAGCCACAUCAGCAGCCACAGCAGGGUAUUCGACCUUCAUUUACUUCACCAGCACAGGUUCCGGUUCCCCCUGGCUGGAACCAGCUUCCUUCAGGAGCACUUCAGCCUCCUCCAACCCAGGGAGCACUGGGUACAUUGACAGUAAACCAGGGUUGGAAAAAGGCCCCAUUGUCUGGACAAAUGCAGCAGCAACUUCAAGCAAGACCAUCUCUAGCCACAGUACAAACUCCUACUCAUCCUCCACCUCCAUAUCCUUUUGGAAGCCAGCAAGCUUCCCAGGCUCACUCAAACUUUCCCCAAAUGAGCAAUCCUGGCCAGUUUACUGCUCCUCAAAUGAAAAGCCUUCAGGGAGGGCCCUCACGGGUUCCUACACCACUACAGCAACCCCACCUGACCAACAAAUCUCCUGCUUCCUCACCCUCCUCCUUCCAGCAGGGAUCUCCUGCAUCAUCUCCAACAGUUAACCAGGCGCAGCAGCAGAUGGGACCAAGGCCUCCCCAGAGUAGCACACUUUCCCAGGGAUUUCAGCAGCCUGUCAGUUCUCCCAGUCGUAAUCCUAUGGUGCAACAGGGGAACGUACCCCCCAACUUCAUGGUGAUGCAGCAGCAAAACCAAGGUCCACAAGGUUUGCACCCUGGCUUAGGAGGAAUGCCCAAGCGCCUCCCUCCUGGGUUCCCUUCAGGCCAGGCUAACCAGAGCUUCAUGCAAGGUCAGGUGCCUUCCACAGCACCAGGAACACCGGUGAACAGCGGAGCUCCGCAGCUACAAACUAGCCAAACUGUGCAGCACACAGGUGGCCAAGGAUCUGGACCUCCUCAGAAUCAGAUGCAAGCACCACAUGGCCCACCAAAUAUGAUGCAGACCAAUUUAAUGGGACUUCAUGGAACUAUGAACAACCAGCAGGCUGGUGCUAGUGGGGUGCCACAAGUUAACAUGGGCAACAUACAGGGACAGCCACAACAAGGACCACAGUCUCAGCUUAUGGGAAUGCAUCAGCAAAUCGUAUCAUCACAAGGACAGAUGGUAAACAUUCAGGCUCAGGGAUCGCUGAACCCUCAAAACCAGAUGAUACUUUCUCGAACUCAGCUCAUGCCGCAAGGCCAAAUGAUGGUAACACCACAGAACCAAAAUCUUGGCCCUUCACCCCAAAGGAUGACCCCGCCCAAACAGAUGAUUCCCCAGCAGGGACAACAGAUGAUGUCUACACACAAUCAGAUGAUGGGACCUCAAGGCCAGGUCUUGUUACAGCAAAACUCGAUGAUGGAACAGAUGAUGACCACUCAAAUGCAAGGAAAUAAACAGCCUUUUAAUACUCAAAACCAGUCCAAUGUUAUGACGGGGCCAGCUCAACUGAUGAGAGGACCAACCCCAAACAUGCAGGGUAACAUGGUGCAGUUCACUGGGCAGAUGAUGGCACAGCAAGGCCCUGUGAACGGUAACCCUUCUCAGGUUAUGGGGAUGCAAGGGCAAGUUUUAAGACCUACUGGACCUGGCACCCACAUAUCUCAGCAACUUGGGGAUACUACUACAACAACUAAUAAUGAUGUGAGCUUGACACAGAUGUUACCUGAUGUUCCUGUGCAGCAGCCAAACAUGGUGCCUUCCCAUAUGCAAGCAAUGCAAGGAAACAACAAUGCUUCGGGGAGUCAUUUCUCUGGCCACGGACUGCCUUUCAGCACUGGGUUUAGUGGAACGCCAAAUGGGAAUCAGAUUUCCUGUGGACAGAAUCCUGGUUUUCCUGUCAAUAAAGAUGUCACGCUCACAAGUCCACUCUUGGUUAACCUUCUACAAAGUGACAUAUCGGCAGGACACUUUGGUGUGAACAACAAACAAAAUAAUCAGAAUGCCAAUAAGCCAAAAAAGAAGAAGCCUCCAAGGAAGAAGAAAAACAAUCAACAACUGGAACAGACGAACUCUUCAGAACCUCGUCCAGGUGGCCUGGAGGAGAGUGAUCAGUCAUCAAUGUCUGGAGAUCAAGGAAUGAAUGUAGAUAACACAGGCCCUAAACUUUCAGACUUUGCAAGUAGGCCACCAGGUUAUCCUUCUCAGCCAGUGGAACAAAGACCACUUCAGCAGAUGCCACCUCAACUCAUGCAACAUACACAGCAGCCACAGCCGCAGCAGCAGCAGCCACCACAGCCACCACCACAGCAAGCCCAGGCACCACCACAAACACCGCAGCAACAGCAGCAAAUGAUGAUGAUGCUUAUGAUGCAGCAGGAUCCCAAAUCAGUCAGGCUUCCUGUGCCACAAGGAGUUCACCCACCUCGAGGACCUCUGAAUCCAGAUGCUCAACGGAUGCCAAUGCAGCAGAGUGGUAACAUGCCAGUAAUGGUUAAUCUACAAGGUCCUGGGUCAGUGCCUCCAUCUCCUGAUAAACAGAGAAUUUCCUUGCCAGGCAAUCCUUCUCUGGGAAACAAUGCAAGAAAAAUGGUUUAUCAAGAUAAUGUACAGAAUCCUUCCAGCUCACCUCUGGGGGAGGUUUCAUCAGUAUCUUCCGUUCCAGAAGGAGGUGGAACUGAAGUCCCCCCAGCAUCAGGAGCUCAGAAUAAUAUGACAUCUCAUUUAGUAGUUUCACAGAACCAAUUAAUGAUGACGGGACCCAAACCUGGACCAUCCACACUUUCAACUGCCCAAGGUGCAAGUCCUCAACAGCAGUCUAAUUCUCUGCCUGGCACUCUUACGCACCAUUUUCCAAAUGUUGCCACCCCAUCACAAACUUCAAGGCCUAAAACCCCAAACAGAGCAAGCCCAAGGCCAUAUUAUCCUCAGACUCCUAAUAACCGUCCACCUAGCACAGAACCCUCUGAAAUAAGCCUGUCUCCAGAGAGACUCAAUGCUUCUAUAGCUGGUCUUUUCCCUCCUCAGAUUAAUAUUCCUUUACCUCCCAGGCCUAAUCUCAACAGAGGAUUUGAUCAGCAAGGUCUUAACCCAACUACUUUGAAGGCCAUUGGACAAGCCCCAUCAAAUCUCACAAUUAACAAUCAGUCUAGUUUUGCUGCUCCACAGUCACACAAAUUGGAAGGUGUGGUCAUUAAUUCAGGAAAACAAACCAACACUGGAGGAACAAAGAGAGCAAGUCCAAGCAAUAGUCGAAGGUCCAGUCCUGGAUCCAGCAGGAAAACAACGCCAAGCCCUGGCAGACAAAACUCAAAAGCGGCUAAAUUAUCAUUGAAUACUCAGCAGAAUCCAUCUCUCUUGCAGAACAUAGAUAUGCAAAGAAAUAUGAUGGUUGGUCCCACUUUGCCAACACCGGUGACAACAAGUUUUCAAAAUAAUAACAUUCUAAGUAAUCAGAAUCCCACAGUUUCUGUACCUGCUGUUGCUGAAGACAGUAAAGAGAGCCUUAGUGUUCCUCAAGAUAACGAGUGCCAAAGCACACAAGGUGUCCAAGGUAACAAAGACCAGCCCAAUAUUGAACUAAAAGCUAUCCCUACUCCGGAAAUAAAAACGUUGGUUCCAGAGGAACAGUCAAAAAAAGAUGGGCAGGCCUUAGACACAGGUAAGCUUCCAGUUCUGGAGGAAAGUAAAACCAUGGUAUCUCCAGCUAUGAGGGAAGCACCAACUUCUUUGAGUCAACUUCUUGAUAAUUCUGGAGCUCCUAAUGUAACCAUUAAGCCCCCUGGGCUGACUGGUCUUGAAAUGGCACCAAUAGUCACCACUGUGGAGGACCUAAAAAAGAUAGCUGUCAUUCCUCCACUGCAAGACACAUCCUCUAGCAAAGAACCAUCUAAUUCACUUAGCUUGCCUCAAAAUAAUGAGUCCUGUUCAAAUCCAGGGCAUCAGGAACUGGGAGAAAUAAACUCAAAUGUUACACAAAAUGUUCCUCCAGUAAUGCAAAGGCCUGUCAGCUCUUCUUCUAUUUCAGGUCCUUUACCACCCAACCAGAUAACAGUUUUUGUAACUUCAAACCCUAUUACAUCUUCUGCUAAUACGUCGGCACCAUUGCCAUCUCACUUGCAACCUGCGUUGGUGUCUACUGUUGUCACAAUGCCUAAUGUAGGCAACAAAGUUAUGGUUUCUGAGGGACAGUCGGCAGCUCAGUCUAAUGCCCGGCCACAGUUCAUUACACCUGUUUUUAUAAACUCAUCAUCAAUAAUUCAGGUUAUGAAAGGCUCUCAGCCAAGCACAAUUCCCACAGCACCGAUGACAUCUAACUCUAGCCUAAUGCCUCAGUCAGUCGCUGUUGUGGGUCCCUUACAUAUACCACAGAAUAUAAAGUUCUCCUCUGCCCCCGCACCUCCUAGCACAUCCUCUAGCAGCCCCACUCCUAGUAUUCCCACGAGCAGGCCACUGGUUCUAAAUCCUUUGGCACCUCCUGUUCAGCUGCCUUCUCCCGCUACAACUUCUUCAAAUGUUUCUUCACAUCUUCCUGCCCAGCCAGCGAAAGACUUCAGUCCCGAGGAGGCAGCUUCUCAAAGCAAUGGAUCGAGUGACCAGUGCUCUGUUACAGUGACACAGUCUGGACCUGUUGUUUCACCUCUUCUUACGAGCAGUCCAGGAUCUGGGAACAGACGAAGUCCUGUUUCAUCAAGUAAGGGAAAGGGAAAAGUAGACAAGAUUGGUCAACUCUUACUUACAAAAGCAUGCAAGAAAGUCACGGGCUCCCUCGAGAAGGGGGAAGAGCAGUAUGCUUUGGAUGGAGAAGCAGAAGGUCAGGGACCAGAAAUGUCAGUCCCAAACAGUUUGGCAACAGAGCAAUCACCAGCAGAACUAGACAAUAAAACUGUGACACCUCCAGCACCCAGUCUUACAAAACAGAGCACUUCUGGGCCUGGCAAUGUGAGUGUUAGCACUGCUGCUGCUGUUUCUGCUUCUGUAUCUCCAAGCUUAUCAACAAGCACUCCUCCUACAAGUGCACUGUCAGCUGUAACCACUCCAGUAAUCCCAGAGCUUGCACCUGCAACACCAUGCACUAAUGGUAGUAACCACAGCGGCUUACCAGCUGAGCAAACUGGGGUUGGUUUGGUGGAGGAGAAAACAGGAUCACAUCACGAACUGCUACAAAAUACAGCAUCCUCUCAACAUUUAACGCAGAAAAAAAGUUCAGUUGCAACAUCAGAAAGUACUGUUCAAAGAACAGAACUUGAAACAAAUGCUCCCGUAGUUGCUGGUCAAAGACUUCAGUAAUGGUGGCACCUGUGGAAAACAGAGCAGACAAUUUAUAAUGCAUCUAAUUUCUUGGUCUUCUAAUGUUGAAAAUAUUCUCUUUGAGGACUUCUCAAUUCUGUAUCCUCUGAUAAUUUUUAAUAGAAAUGGACUAUACUCUGGCUUACUCAGGUCAUUCUUCAUCUGAUAAAACUUCCGGUAUCUCUAGCAUUUCAUGUCUUCAGUGCUAAUAGUCCGGAACUGGUACCUGUGUCGGUCCAUCCUUCAGCUUGUCUGAGUUGCAUAGAAAAACAUAAUCCUUCUUACACUUCAUCAGAAAUAUUUUGUCCCACUUUAUUAGUAAUGAGACAAAAGAGAAUUGUGAAAAGUCUAAAACUCCAAGUAGAAGAAAUUCAAGAACAGAGGAUUCUGCCGCUUCACAGGAAACUGUAGAGAAUGGACAGCGCAAGAGGUCCUCCAGACCAGCAUCUGCAUCCAGCACUGCAAAAGGUAAAAUGCACAGCCAUCAUUUCUGUGGAGAGGGCAGGAAGUAAAAUACUUCCCAGAAUAUAAUCCUUUCAGUAACUGGGUCAUAACUAUGGUUUACAGUUUGUAAAUGUUGUGUGCUUUUAACUCUAGUUUCAAUGAUUUUAGACACAGGUUGGGUUUAAAGUGUUUACCAAAAUCUGUACUGGCAGUAAAUCUUGUAUGGAUUUCCUAUUGUUAAAUUUGUGUUUUCUGCAGUACUAAUCAACAUAGUAUUCAGCAAGCUUGCCUAGUUGAAUUCUCUUGGCAGAAGUAUGUUGUUAAAAGGACUGUACUCGGGUUUAAAAGCGUCUUUUUAUUUUUUUCAUCAAGUCUGAAAGACAUGAGAAAAACGCUUAAGUCUUCCCAAAUGCACGGUCAGCUUUUGCAAGCCAAAUGCUCGUGCUCAGGCACACUCAGAAUGCUGCCUGCGUGGCAGCCUGCGACCGUCGAGGAGUGCUGUGUGCUUGUGCACAGAUCCUCAGCUGUUUUUUCCACAAACACAUGAAAUCCUGAAGUUCAAGAUAUUAACCCAUGGCAUUGGCAGUUGCUGACGUGCCUUAUUUCUAUACGGGUUACAAUCUUUAACAAAGUAUGCAGCAUUUGUGUGAUUGACAAGUUUAUUACCAGAAUGCAUGGUCCGUGGUGCCAUUUUGCAUUUCUGAAGCUAACUGUGUCAGCUCCUUACGUUUAAGGGUCAGAAAAAUUCUGAUGGAUGAAAGUUGUGCAAGAGGGUAGAGAGACCGUCAAGAGGAAACAUUCGACCAAUAUUUUAAAGAUAACAUACAGAACUAAGAGGUAUUAAUAUAAAAUUAUUAUAAAAGUCAAGUUGAAUUCAGCAACCAUUUUCCAUAUUAAAGAUGGUAAAGUUUGCUGGUAAGAGUAUUUGCAUUUAUAAGAGUUUGAGAGAUUUCCAGCUAUACGUAAUUGUCUAAUGACUCUCAAAGAUUAUAUGAAGAGCCCUAUAUGUUCUGCAGUUUUAUGGCUGCUGAAUUUAAUUAAAUUUUAGUGCUGCUUACUUCUUGUGGCAGGAUUGUGCAGAAUGCAGAAGAAUCAGUCUGUAUUGUAAAAAUAAAUUAUAUUUCAUGAUUGUGAAAAAGAGUUUGAAAAAUGUGAAGCAAAUGUAAAAUGGAUUCAGUGAUACUUCCUGAGUUUGAGGCUAUCUGAAACGUGUGACCUGCCCCACGUGCUGUAAUGAAUAAACCUAAAGAUGACAACCAGUGGCAUGUCAAAUUCUGAAAAUGUGGGAACGUAAAAGUAUAUUAAAUUUAAACAAUAGCAGAACUGACUUAGGGGUUUUGUACUGAAUUACUCAUUUACCUCUGUAACUAAAAUAAUUAUUUUUAAAACGUGUAUCUGAAACUGCUGUGGUGUCUAAGGGUUUUGCUUGAAAGCAUAGGUUCAGUUUAUCAUGUAGUACCCUGGGCUUUGAUUACCUUAUCUCUGUGCAAGCAACUGCCUACUUCAAAGCUGUAGAGAAAAUAAGCAAACGUGAACACUUUUGUGGAAGAGUUCAGCAUGAAGGAUUAGGGAGGUGUAGCGUGAGAAGCGUAAAGAGGUUUGCCACUUGUGCCUACUCUGUUCUUUGUGUUUAUUAGUGAAACAUAGCUUAAGAAAACGUAUAUUUUGUAUGAUCCUGGCCUCCUUCUAGAUGUCUAUGGUUACAUGAUCUAUGUCCUGACAAACUUGCUAAUUCGUGUUAAAGAGAAUGCAGGGUUGGGAGAAAAAACCUUUUGAAAUAGAGGCUGAUUAUAAAAAUGGCAUUUAGGAAAAACUUAGGUAUAGCAGGGAGAGAAAAUCAGAUUUUGACCAGUUCAUGUAUGUAUAACCCUUGGGAAGUAUCAGGAGGGAAGGAACAGAAGGAUAGUUGUAAAAGAAGAGGGCAAACAGAGAAUCAGUCCUCAUCAUUACAGCCUGCGUCAGGGUGCAGGUUUGGGGCAGAAGCAGGUGAGGGAUGACCGGUGGUGCUCACAAAGGAGCGGGGGCUUCAGGACUGCAUGGCUGCACAGCCACUGAAGGCUGCUGAGUGCUGACCCGUUUAUUCUGUCAAGCGCAGACUUUGGCAGCAGUGGGGAUGACUACAGCUAAUGCUGCUGGUGAGCAAGCUACUUAAAAGUAGUGUUACUGUUCGAAGGGAACUCCAGUGUCUGUAAGUCAUGCCUGUUAAGAUGUUUCACUUCUGAAAACUGGUACUGUACUGGUAUUUUUACUCGUUAGAGUACCUUUCCAGCAAGGGCUGUUUCAGUGUUUACUGUAGCUUCGGGGUUGUUAAAUUUUGAAAAGUUUAUCUAUUUAUUUAUUUUUAAUGCAGCAUUUAAUAGCCAUAGAGUUGUACCAUUGCUUUUCUAAUUUUAGAAGUUUUGGGAUUUUUUUCCCUUUUGACUCUGAAAUACACACAGCUCUACUAGCUAUCAGAAAAUAUUGUGAAGAGCCAAAGAUACAUUGCCAACAUUUAAAAUCACAUUUAAAAAAAAAAUCUAAAGAUGCAUAUACCCUUAGUCCUUACUCAAUUCUCUUUUCUUUCUGUUUUGAAAUGGAAACUUAGUGCCUUGGUAAGUGCACUGAAAAUGUCAUCUGGUUUCACUGUAGCUUCUGCAAGUGCUUCUAGUUGUUUUGCUGAAGUACUAUAUAAUAUUUUGUAUCUUUCUGCAUAAGCUGUUUUUUUGUGAAUCAUGUACAACGAAGACACUUGUUUACUAAUGAUCUGACUUUCCAAGGAGUCAAACAACUAGAUUCUUUGUGGCAGACUCCAAAACAUUUUUCUAAGUUUUCUAACAACACCAUCUGCAAGUACUGUGCUUGGAUAUAAUUUAUGCAGUUUGUGUCCAAAGCUGCACAGGAUGUUUCAGGGAGACUUACUUCCACGUUAUGUCUGAGCAAGUUGUGGCAUGUGGGGAACUAAAGUUAAAGAACAGUUUCAAAUACAGAACGUCUGUUUUUAAGGCCAUUACGUUAUGACUUCAUACUCACAGAACUCUGAAAUUGCAUCUGCGUGUUUGUAACAGAAGCUAGUGGGGACUUUGCGUUAUUGUGUUGCUGCUGAUGGCUGUGAUCAGGAUGAAGGGUCCCUUGGCGUUAAGUGUUGUGAAAAGUCAAUUGCUGUUUCCACUCUGGUGUGAUUUUAGGGACAUAAAAGGGCAAUCUGUGCAGCUCUCAUGAAUGGAUUACCAACUUAGUAUCCAUGCUUUUUUUCUUCUCUUAAUUUCAGAAACGAGUGCCAGUGCAAUGCAGUCAAAAAGAAGAAAAUCCAAGUAAAUUACUGCAUGGAAACAUGAAACUUGUAAAUGAGUGUGAAUUUAUCAAUAGCAAUUUUGAGCUGUGAUUUUUCUUUUUUAAAUAAAAUUCUGUACAGUAAGUCAUUUUAAUAUUAUACUGUUCCCAAUAAAUGAUUUUUUCUAAAAAACAGAUAAAUAGAUAUAAAAAAUGGGUUCUUUUAAAACCCUCUGGAUUUACAAAGUGAAGUCCAGGGUUAGCACAUUAGGUUAACGUGUUUGUAAGAAAUGGAAGGGGAGGGGAAGACAACUGUAAAUUUAUUUGUUUCCACUUUUCAUAAACAAAUUAGAAUACAGGGUUGUCAUUUUUAGGUAUUAAAAUAAUGUAUUGUGCUGUUGUUUAAGUACUGUAUGUGAAUAGCAGUAAGAGGGUUAUAAAAAAACCCAAUCUUGUUUGGAAGUGUAAAUAAUUUUAUUAUAUAGUAGAUCUGAUGUAUUUGUUGUAGAAAUGGACCAGUGAAACAAAAAUAAAUUUAAGGGUUUGUACAAUGUGGAAUCCCUCAUGCUCUAAAUAAAUGUUAUUGU